CGUCAUCCCUGUCAUUAUUGGCUUUUUCGCUUUUUGCGUUUUCGUUUUACCCUGUUUUACCUAUCUGGAUUUUUCAAGUGUCAAUUUGAUUUUGGGAGAUAUUGUGAUUUUCGCCUUUGAGGCAACUGUUUCCAACAAUUUGAUGUUUAUAAUUUCGAAAAAUAGUGUUUAUUGUUGUUAAAAAUAGGUGUACUUUCCAAGUACUUCAGUGUAAUGCAUUUUUAACCGAAUAUAAAUGGUGGUGGUUUUAAGAUAGUUUAGCUUUAAGAAAUUAGUGGUCGUUUUUCCAUAAAAACAAUGUUUGGGAAAUCAACAUUUGGAUCUCCUAGUGCGAACACCUCCUUUGGAUUCGGUUCUGCUGCUACAAAUGCUAAUCCCUUUGGACAGAACCAAACCCUGUUUGGGAAGCCAGCUACGGGUGGAUUUGGUGGCCCCUCGACGUCAACUUUCAGUCUACAACCGUCCAAUACAUCUUUGUUUCCUGCAACUCAGCCUCAACAGACCAACUUAUUCCAAAAUGCAAACACCACUUUUGGAACUGCCCCGACAAGCCAGAGUGGAUUUGGGAGUACAGGCCUUUUUGGUCAACAGGCACAACAGUCUGGUAUGUUCAACACAUCUUCCGCAUUUGGACAACAAAAUAAACCUGGUUUUGGGUUUGGAGCUCAAACAGCCCAACCAAGCUUAUUUGGACAGCAACCACAGCAACAAGCUUCAACUGGGUUGUUCCAGUCUACAUCUAGCAACCUGUUUGGUGGUACCUCAGCCUUUGGUGGUCAACAACAGCAGCAAGUUGGUACUGUCAUCAAAUUCAAUCCAGUAACAGGAACAGAUACUAUGAUGAAAAAUGGUGUUGCACAAAGUAUAAAUACAAAACACCACAGUAUAACAUGUAUGAAGGAGUAUGAAAAUAAAAGUUUUGAGGAGCUGCGUUUGGAAGAUUAUGCUGCUAACAGAAAAGGCCCGCAACAGCAAUCAGGAUUUGGCAGUACUCCAUUUGGUGCACCAGCAUCUACUGCACCUUCAUUGUUUGGGCAAACAGAUGCUCAAAAGUCUGCAUUUGGUCAGUCUACUGGUUUUGGCCAAACUACGUCAACCUUUGGACAGAAUACUAGCUUUGGACUAGGAACCCAACAGCAAUCUGGUGGAUUGUUCAACAAACCAACUGCUUUUGGUGCCCCAACUAGUACAACAUCAACAUUUGGAGGAUUUGGCAAUACUACUACAAGUGCCAAUCCAUUUGGUGCAACUGCCCAGGCCAAGCCUUUUGGUAGCACCACACAACCACUUUUUGGUUCUAACACCACAACUACUCAAUCCACUGGAUUUGGUACUGGUCUUUUUGGACAAACAAAUACACAGAAUACUGCUGGUAGUCUUUUUGGCAAACCAGCUCAAACAGCCACUGGAUUUGGACAAACAAACACAGGCUUUGCGUUUCCAGCAGCCACAUCGACACAGUCAAACACACUAUUCCAAAAUAAGUCUUUGUUUGGUAGCACAAAUACCACUCCUGGCUUUGGCCAGUCUAAUACAUUUGGAACCAAUGCUACACCUUUUGGAAGCUCAUUUGGAAAGCCUACCACAUCUGCUUUUGGAACUGGGCAAACUACUGGAUUUGGAAAUGUAGGAGUUCAACCGCAAGGAACUUCACUUUUUGGAAAUACCACUGCCAAACCAAGUCUGUUUGGUGGAACAGCGACUCCUGCAGUUUACAAAAAUCCAUUUAUCACAUAUAAUCAAAGCUUAACUGGAUUGGGACUUGGACAACAGCAGCCUCUACAGCAACAGAUGUUUCCUGCCCCUGAACAACAAUCUACUGGAAACCUGGCUCUUCUCACGAGUGAUCCGUUCGGGGAUGCGCCACAUUUAGCCGGCCUGGAACCGAAAAUGAAAGAUUCCCCACCAUCAUUUUCUGCAACAAAUCCAAAAGAACUCAAGUCACUUUUGGAUGCAUCGAAGAAGGUCGACUCAUCAAGUCACACUAAGCUGAAAACAGUUCCUAUUAAGAGUGUAAAAGAUAGCUUAUUUGAUGGUAUUUCACCUUCAACUGAUUAUGUCAAGACAAAUUGUAGAAGGUUGAUAUUUAAACAUCGUCCAAAUAGUCAAGGUGACGGAAAUUCUCCCAGAGCUUCCGGCCUCGACAUACUCAGUCAACUGAAUACAUCUCAAAAUGAAAACAAAAACAAUCUAGAGGAAAACGAAAAUGAAACUGAAAAAAAUAAUAAACCUAGCAGCGGUCUACGAACCAAUCCAUUAAAAUUGAGCUUUGAAAACUCUGUGAAUAAUGACGAAACCAAUUUAAGCAUAUCAGGAGGACAAACAUAUAUUUUAAAUACUUCGCUUGUGAAAAAUAAUGCAGGGUUGGAGAAAUUAAACACAUCUGCUGAGCUAGAUUUAAUUGAUGAUGAUCCUCAUUCAUCUACUCAAGUUGCUCCUAAAGAACAUCCUUGUGGCAUCGUAUGCACUAGACCUGAAUACUACACAUUGCCUAGUUUGGACGAACUGCCUAACUUUAUGGACGAGAAUGGUCGAUGCAUCGUCAAAGGAUUCACCAUAGGCAGAAAGGGAUACGGAAAUGUGUACUUUCCUGAUGAAAUGGAUAUCACAGGGCUGAACAUCGACGAGUUAGUUCAUUUUAGAUACAGAGAGAUUAACGUAUAUCCCGACGAUUCGAAAAAGCCACCUGUGGGCAAGGGUUUGAAUAGAAGGGCGCAAGUUACUUUGGAUAACGUAUACCCUCGCAGAUUAGGAACUAAUACAUUGAUUAAGGAUACAGAUGAAUUAUUACAAAUGAAUUUUGCUGAGAAGUUGAGGAAGGUUACCAUGAAGAAAGGCGCGAAGUUUGUAGACUUCAGGCCAGAGACUGGUUCGUGGGUAUUCAAAGUUGAUCACUUCUCCAGAUAUGGAUAUGACGACAGCGACGAGGAAGCUGAAGCCAAUGCCCAAAAUGGCGGCGCUAAAAAGAAACCUGAAAGCGUUUUAGCAAAAAAACCUGUAGAUGGUGCACAGCAAAAACCAGAUGACAAUCGUCUCAGUAAAACUGGCGAAACGAAAGAAAAAGAGCCAUCAAAAGAAUUACUUGAGGUGCCUCAUUAUGCAAUGGAUGAUGAUAGUCUCAUUCUACAUGAGACAGACCAAAAUCUUCUGCAGCAAUCAAUGUAUGUGGACCGCAUAACAGACGAGGACUUUUUUGCUAUUCCUAACGAAAUACCGGAAGCCUAUGAUAGAUAUAGAACUGCUAAAAGCAUUCAAGUGAUGAAGUCCACAUUGUUCACUGAUGAUAGGUCAUCUGAUGCAGGUAGCCACGUAUCUAUCAUAAGGCAGUACUUAGAUAUACCGGAAGUUGAAGAAAUGCCUCUUCAGCGACCGGUUCUUAAAGAAGAUGUGAUGGUACCGAAAAGGAGAGGAGUGUUAAGACCAAAAGUUCUGAAAGUGUACAAUUUUGAAAGUAAGUUUGGUAUCUUGGAUUUCGAGGCUUCAUUCAGAAUUCAACUACAUUUGAUGAGAUAUAUUUCCGAUGUUUUCGGUUAAUGUAAUUGUAAACUCAAACAUUUUCGAAAGUGAGAUGUUAUAUAACAUGUACAUCACGACAAACCUUGUCACUGUUAUUCUUUCAGGACUUGAGACAUCAGCAAUGGAGAUACCCACCAGGUGUCUGAAAGAUAUGAGCAUGUUCAAAGGUAAAUCCUUCAAAGUGGGUUGGAUGAAAGGAUUCAAUUUUUAUGCUUUGAAUUCCAAAGAUGAUGAAAUCAAUGGCCAAUUGUCUGUGAAUGCUAUCGAGUGUGGAAACCGUGAUAAGAAGGAUGUUUUGCAGGAAUGUCUGGAGUCUUCCUUAGAGGUGGUUUUAGAAGAAAGUUCAUACGAAACCGAUUCUGAAAAUAUACCUACCUUCAAAGUGGUCGGUGGUGAUUCGUACCUUAAAAAACAGACUGAACUUUUUAGAGACACGAUGAGAAAGUUCGAGAAUGAACAUGCUCGGUACUUGCAUAGUAUUUGGACUUUAGCGGAAGUGCUUUGGGGACCUGCUGAUGGUGAUGAUUCAGUUUCUUAUCGACGACACUUGCUCAGUGAAUGGUUGAAAUUUAACACUGAUGUUGAAGACACACCUUCAACUACCGAUACUACCCAGCAACUAUUCAAUCAUCUAUCAAGAUUCAAAAUUUGUGAAGCUGCCAGCUUGGCGAUUGAAAAACAUCAUCCGAAACUGUCACUUCUUAUCUCCCAGCUCAGUUUAACGAAUGAAACUGCAGCUUUCUUACAAGAACAGAUCGAGAUGUGGUAUAAGAAUUUGUCAGCUAAGCACAUAAGCAAAGAUACGAAGAAGAUAUAUUUGUUGUUAGCUGGUAUUCCGCAUAAGGACGAGGAGAAUAUUUUUGAGGAUAUUGACUGGAAAAGAGCUUUCAGUAUGCAUCUGUGGUAUAUUUGUCCAGCGGGUGCACCGAUUGAGGCAGCUAUUGAUUUGUACAAGAAAGCGUUCGAGGAAUAUGGGUAUGCUGAGGCACCAAAUCCGUGUUAUAAAUCCACUUAUGACGGAUCAGCCUUCGAUAUCCUGUUUCACCUUCUAAUGGCGUACAGGAGUAGGAUACAUCGGCUGAGUGAUGUUCUGAACCCUGCUACACACACGGAUGAUCUUUUGGAUUACAGACUCAGUUGGCUGCUUCUCCAGCUUUUCUUAUCCCUGAACGUCGGCAUCAUCUCAGCAGCAGAAAUCACAAAACUUUGUGUCAGCUUCUCAAACCAAUUAGAAACACUAGGCCAGUGGGAAUGGGCAAUUUUUGCACUGUUGUAUCUUGAAGACUCUUCCUUAAAGAAAAAUCUCAUCAUGGGUAUUCUGGACCGCAACCUAUCACCAGAAGUGAACGAGUCGACCAAAGAAACUGAAAACUUUCUAGUUAAUAAGUUACAUGUUCCAUCAGAAUGGAUACAUACUGUUAAAGCUGAGAAGACUCUACCAUUAGGAAGAUUCUUUGAGGCUUACGUAUAUUAUGCUUAUGCUGGAGAUUAUGUCAAAGCUAACGACAUAUUUGUUGAACAUUUAAUGCCAAAUCUUUUCAUUAACGAGCAGUAUGAUGUUAUUAAGUUCCUAGUAAACCAUAUUAGACCAGGAGCUGACGAAAUUCUUCAGUGGGACAGUGAAGUAGGAUUAUUUUCGGAUUUCUUAGAGUUGCAAGAAAAAGUUAUAUCUUCAGAGUCUGACGAUUUGCUUAGAUUACAAAUGCAAUUACAGUCAAUAAAUGAGAGGAUCCCACACUACCGGAUCAAAACUGACCAGCAGAAAUUAUGUAUUGCGGAAAUGUCCAAGCGUUGUGCUUCCUUGUUCAAGUUAUUACAUAAACAGUUUGCUAGGAGCUUCGCAAAAAGUGCUUAUCAUGAUUUUAUCGAAAAUCUUGUCAUGCCUCCAGAUUUUGAGCAAAGCGAGGCGUUUCAACUUAUAGACAAAUUUGAUAAUUUUAUGUUGAGUACCUAGCUUAUCUUUUUUUAAUUGUGUAUAUUAGUAAGUGUAAACAUAUUAGGUUUAUCGAUUAUAAUGGUUUAUUUUUGUUUUAUUCUAUUUUUGUCUGAUUGCUUAUACUUUAUAAGAGUAAUACAAAAAGAUGAUUAAAAAUGUAUUUUUUGUACAACAGUUUUUAUCAAUAAAUGUUUUUGACAAC